AUGCUCUGGUACUCUAUCUUAUCUCUCUUGACGACUACCGCAGCUCUCCAGCUCCCUAUCCCUCACAACCCCGACUCUCUAGGGUCACUUUCGUCCACAGGGCCAAUUUCUGAGUUGGCGAAAUUGAGACAAGAUGAUAUCUUGGUUCCUGCUAGUGAUAUAUCCUUGACGAACAUAGGGGAAGAGUUCAUGACUAUUACUAGUGCUCAUUAUCCCAAACAUAGGAUAAGGAUAAAAUCGACUGAAGGAUGGUGUGAUCCUACCGUUAGGUCGUUCUCUGGAUUCCUCGAUGUGGGGUAUGGUAAAGAACUCUUUUUCUAUUUCUUUGAAAGUCGGAACGAACCAUCUUCCGACCCCGUUGUGAUGUGGAUCAAUGGUGGACCUGGAUGUUCAUCCGCUCUUGGGUUAUUCAUGGAACUUGGACCAUGUUCGGUGAAAGAUGAUCCAAAAAAUUGGAAUGAUACUGAAUGGAACCCAUAUUCAUGGAACAACAAUGCAAAUGUUUUCUUCCUCGACGAACCUAUCAGCGUCGGAUUCAGUCAUGCUAAACAUGGUCAAACAGUCGGUACCACCGAAGAAGCUGCUAAAGAUGUGCAAGCUUUCGUAGCUAUGUUCUUUGACGCUUUCAAAGAAUUCGAAGGACGUGAUUUCCAUAUGGCAGGAGAGAGUUACGGAGGACGUUAUUUACCAGUCUUCGCAUCAGCUGUAGUAGAUGGGAACAAAGCUUUGAAAGCCAGUGGGAGGACUCCGAUUAAUUUGAAAAGCGUCAUGAUAGGUAAUGGCGGUACGGAAUAUCAAACAUUAUCAGAAUCGUAUUAUACCUUUCAAUGUACACUUCAUGGUGGAUUGAAUGAGACGGUUCAAAGUAUACAAAAAUGCGUCGAACUGGCCAGUGCGGUACCGAAAUGUCAUAAAUAUCUACAGAAGAAUUGUAUAGAUUCUCAUGAUUAUACGGAAUGUGGGAUGGCUGCUUUAUAUUGCGAUGAAGCGUUGGGAGAUUCGUUCGUGUCAGCUGGUGUGAACCCCUACGACGUCAGCAAACCAUGUACACCUCAAGAACUAGGAGAAUCACUUUGUUAUUCCGUCACAGAUAAGAUCAAAACAUACCUAGAUCUCCCCGACGUACAUGAUAUCCUCGGUGUCACUUCACACAAAGGUUGGAACAGCUGCAACGGCGGUGUCGGUACUGCCUUUGCCUUGACUUUGGAUUUCUUGACCCCCACUACGGUGUUUCACGUCCGCGGAUUAUUAGAACGUGGUAUUAGAUUCUUGAAUGUACAAUUGAUGGAUAGGACAUACGACUUUAUAUGUAAUCAUAUCGCUAAUGAAAUGUGGGUUUCAGCGAUGGAUUGGACUGGUAAAGAGGGGUUCGCGGCUGUGUCUUGGCAAGAUUGGGAAGUGGAAGGGAAGAAGGCGGGAUUGUUUAAGACUUAUGAGAAUCUGACUCUUCUCAAAAUUGUAGGAGCGGGUCAUAUGGUCCCUUAUGACAAACCUAAAGAAGCGUUGACAAUGUUGAGUUCAUGGCUCCAAGCUGGACUUUGA